AUGCCACAACCCAUUGGUCUGAGCAUGCACACUCAGUUGCAUUUUGUCUCUCCACGCCACCCACUAUCCCAGUCAACCCCUCGCCUCCGCUCUUGGACCGCCUCCCACAUCAUCUCCUCCCUUCACGGAUUCGCGGCUGGUUCAGUACAGCGUUGUCCUGCUGCCGUUGCAGGUGAGGGGGGAGGCGGCCGCUGCAGGGGAGGGGGGACGCGGCCGCGGCGGCCGCUGCAGGCGAGGGGGGAGGCGGCCGCGGCGGCCGCGGCAGGGCUGCAGGGGAGGGGGGACGCGGCCGCGGCGGCCGCUGCAGGGGAGGCGGGAGGCGGCCGCGGCGGCCGCGGCAGGGCUGCAGGGGAGGUGGGAGGCGGCCGCGGCGGCCGCGGCAGGGGAGGGGGGAGGCGGCCGCGGCGGCCGCGGCAGGGGAGGCGGGAGGCAACGGCCGCUGCAGGGGAGGGAUGA